AACCUCUCACCCGCAAAACACAUGAUGCCCAGCUGAUCCCAAUGGGCAACUCCAGCUCGUCCUACUCAGGCGCGGCAACGCUCGAUUCCUAUAUCGCCGAACUGACCGAUAUUCAAUACGAAAAGACACUCGGCUCAGCGCGCUUCCUCAAAUGCGUUCGGGGAAAACACGAAGAUGGUCGCGUGGUCGUCAAGCUAUUCAUCAAGGCUGGACCAAUGGACUUGAGAAAGGCAGCUGCGCAGAUGAUGCGCGAGAAGGAUUUACUCAUGCAAAUACCUAAUGCGCUAAGUUACCAGCGGUUCAAGGAGACAGAUAGGGCGGUGUACCUUGUACGCCAGCAUAUCGCAAGCAAUUUAUACGACCGCAUCUCCACGCGUCCGUUCCUAGAGACAAUUGAGAAGCGCUGGAUAGUCUUUCAGCUGCUGACGGGUGUGCGCGACUGUCAUGCUCAAGGGAUUCAUCAUGGCGACAUCAAGACGGAGAAUGUCCUGGUGACUUCCUGGAAUUGGGUCAGCUUGACGGACUUUGCCUUCUUCAAACCAACCUUCUUACCGGAAAACAAUCCAGCUGAUUUCUCCUACUACUUUGAUACCUCGUUUCGCAGAACUUGCUACCUUGCUCCAGAGAGGUUCCAUGGGCCAAGCGAGACCAAGACAGGUUCUGUGACGGAUGCCAUGGACAUCUUCAGUUUGGGAUGUGUCAUUGCAGAGCUCUUUCUUGAGGGCGAGCCGCUGUUUGAUUUGGCGCAGCUCUUUAAGUACAAGCAAGGCGAGUACGAUCCUACAUCACUUCUCGACAAGAUCGAAGAUGUCGGCAUCCGCAGCCUUGUGGCACACAUGAUCCAUCUCGACCCCGACAAACGACUCUCUGCGGAUGGAUACCUCCAAAAAUGGCAGCGUCGUGCGUUCCCAGACUACUUUGCGAGUUUUCUGCACGGCUAUGUCGCACUCAUUACGGAUCCUGCACGGCAUCAUGCGACAACGCCGAGCGCGGAUUUGGACGAUGCACUGGAUCGUAUCUAUUUCGAAUUCGACAAGAUUAGCUUCUUCUUGGGCUUUGAUGAUUCUGCUGCUCAACUCGCACACGUCAAGUCAGGCAUAAGUGUUCCACACUAUCGACCUGUCCAUCUGUCCCAUGCAGUGCGAUCAACAGGCGAAGACGGCGCUCUCAUCUUCCUCAGCCUCAUUCUCUCUGGCGUGCGCAACACAUUACGUCCCAUCACACGCGUUCGUGCCUGCGAUGCAAUCCUCGCACUCAGCGAACGUGUCAGUGAUGAAGCAAGACUCGAUCGUGUCAUUCCCUUCUACGUCACACUUCUCAUGGAUGAAGCACCCGAAGUGCGUGCAGCGGCACUCUGGAGUCUCACGGCAGUCUUGACGGAUAUUCGCGUUUUGACGCCUGUGAAUGCGUUUGUCUUUCCGGAAUACUUGUUGCCUAGACUACGACCGCUUGCGACAGAUGCAAGUACACUCGUACGGAUCAGACUUGCACAGUGUCUACCAAAACUUGCUCAAGCGAGUACACGCUUCUUGGAUAUGGCACAAGCGCUCAGGACGGAAGGGUUUCUGUCACUCAUGGAGGCAGGAGAUCAGAUGGACGGCCAAGCACUCGAGCAAGAUUCUUUUGCAACAUUGUUUGAGAUCUCCAAAGGCGAUACACAAGCUGCAAUUCAGGAACUUACAGUGCAGCUAUUGACGGAUGAUGAUACAGGUGUCAAACGAGCGCUACUUGGCCACGUUGCGCCAUUAUGUGCGUUCUUCGGAAGGCAGCAAGCGAAUGAUGUGAUUCUAAGCCAUCUCAUCACAUACCUCAACGAUCGCACUUGGACACUCAAGGCUGCCUUUUUCGAUCAAGUCGUCGCGUUGUCGACGCAUCUGGAUCCGGAUAGCGUUGAGGAGUACAUUCUACCGCUCAUGAUGCCAGCAUUAACGGAUCCCGAAGAGCAUAUCAUUGAAAAGGCAGUUACAGCACUUACACGGCUAUGCCAGCAUGGCUUCGUCAGGCGACCCUCGCAAUUUAACUUGGUAGGUAUGGUCGUUCGAUUCCUGAUUCACCCCAAUCUCUGGAUUCGCGAGGCAACUGCGGCAUUUGUCGCAACUGUCAAUGAACCUCUUUCACGCGCCGAAAGCUAUUGUCUCAUCUAUGGGCAAGUCAAACCAUUUCUACGCAUGGAAAUCAGUACACUGUCGGCAGUGGCAAUCUUACGAGCCCUUCGUAAACCACUAUCACGUCUCGUGCUGGAUCAAGCGAUGCUAUGGGCUUCAGCGGCAUCACAAUCAUCCUUCUGGCAAAGUGCAGCACGCGGCGCCUUUUCUACAGAUUCGCUAGCGGAUCGUCGUGCGAGCCAGGUUGGGUUACCAGCACAAGCAAAGACCGCGCAGCCGCGUAUGAUGCUCACCAAGAGUUCCUCUGAGGAUGAACCUUUUCUUACACGUUUAAGGGCCCUUGGACUCAAGUCAGAUGAUGAGUGGAAGUUGAUGACAUUGCGUGAAUUCAUCUGGCGCAUUAGCCGUGCUUCCUCUGAUGCUGAUCGACCCACCACAGCCAUGAUGGCAUCGAGGACAGGUACUUUGUUGCCACAGACGGUGUUCUUUGAUCAAGUGCAACAACCUGCUGAUCGACUUCAGCUCGGGGCUCAUGAUGUGCAGAGUGCCUUGACUGAGGCGUCUCGUACGCUUUCGCGCCGUCGAGUAUCAAGAAUACACCAGACUGGCAAGAGAAUACCGUCUCAGACUAUAGCUGAAGAAAUGGAUAGGCUUGAGGUGGGCUCAAGGGCAAGCAGUCUCAAUGGUGACAUGGGGAAACGUCCAAGUGCCAUUCAUCUACCUGGACUCGCGAUUAAGGCCCUACCAGAAGUCGGCACGUCUACCACAAAUGCUGUUGGGCAAGUCGAUCAUCUCGCGGUCGAAGCGCCAAAGACCAAAAGAGCAGUACGACCAAGCCAUACCUAUGCAGGUGGAGAUCCAACGGUGCUCAAUCUGUUGGACAAGGUCUUUCAAGAAAACAUGCAGAGCCGAUCCCUCGAUUUCGGCCCGGCAAUUGUGCCCGUUGUGCAGCCCUCACAAGGUCGUCAGGGUCGCUUGACGGGUCCAUGGCAGCCAGAGGGUAUCUUGGUUGCGCAUAUGCAUGAACAUACAGCUGCCAUUAAUUGUGUCCUUGCUGCGCCUGAUUCACGCUUCUUCGUGACAUGCUCAGAUGAUGGCUGCCUCAAGGUCUGGGACAGCGCCAAGCUGGAACGACAGGUUGCGAAUCGCUCGCGACUGACAUUCCGUUGUCCAGCUGGCGUCAAAAUCAAAACGGCGUGUUUCCUGGAGAAUAGCUAUUGUGUGGCGAUUGGAUCAAACGACGGUGCGUUGCAGAUUAUUAAAAUUGAUUGCAGCGUCAGCGGGCCAACCAAGUACGGCAGAGCACACAGCCUCCGCAAAUUCGAAUUGCCAAGCGGCGAAGUACCAGUCAAGCUUGUGCACUAUGCAAAUGAUGCCCAAAGUCUGCUCUUGGCGGCGACAUCCGAUUGCAAAGUUGUCGCACUGGAUCCUAAGAGUAUGUCAGUGGUGUUCACUUUGCAAAAUGUUGCUCAUCAUGGAAGUAUCACAGCCAUGGUGCUUGAUCGCAAAAGAACAUGGCUACUACUUGGCACUAGUAAAGGCGUCUUGAGCUUGUGGGAUCUGCGCUUUCAGCUUUGCGUCAAAUCUACUGCCUUGUCAAGCGCCUCUUCAGUUGCUCAUCUCGAGAUUCAUCCAUGCCGUGGUCGAGGGCGCUAUGUCCUUGUCGCACUCACAGGGUCUCCAGGCGGAGUGCUUGUAUGGGAUGUGGAGAAGCUCAUCUGCAGGGAGUUCUAUACAGAUACUAUGCCGACAGCUGCACUUUUCGCUACUGUGGAUGCGGAGACAACGACGUCCGAUGUGGCCAUGCAACAGUCGGCUGCAGAACUGACUGAUUUGAGCAAGAAGACCGAACCAGCAGGACCGAUGGCAACACGCGCUUUGGCAACUGGUACAUCCAUCUUGAAUGCAGACGGCAAGCUUGGUUCUGCGUUCAUGGUGACGUGCUCACGGGAUCAACGUAUGCGUUUCUGGGACUUGUCAAAACCAAGCGACUCCAGAAUUGUCAUGGCAUCUGAGCUUGCAUCAGAAGCGAAACGCGUUUAUCAGCAAGAGACGGUCGGGCUAACAUCGAUUGUGGUAGAGCAAGUAGCAGGAAAAGAGUCGAUCACAAAGACAAAGUCAAAUGGCGUUCGUCAUGCAUCCACCGGAUCUGCAGGUCCACAAACGGCGAACAGCAUCAAGGAUCAUGCAAGCCUGUUGCAUUGCCAUCUGGACUUGGUAUUGGAUGUUGCCAUUCUCACGCUUCCUUACCAAAUGAUUGUCUCGGUAGAUAGAUCGGGUGUGCUCAAAGUGUACGCAUAGGGAGCUAGAAAUACUAACGAAGCACAAGCUCCUC